UCUUUUAUCUGAAAUAUUCCGGGACAUAACAUCGUUUAGCAAAUGGUGGAUUGCGGCACAUUCCAGUCAAGACAAUUAGUUUAACAGAAAGUAUUAUUUUAUUUAAAACAAAUCAAUUAUACAAUAAUCUGUUAUUACGUUUGAUUAAACGUAAUAAAAAAAAUAAAUUGAAUUUAGAGACUUCGAUAAGGGUUUAAUAAGUUUUAAAUAAAAGUUAUAAAUAGUUACUAAGCAAUGUUCACAAGAAGCAGAGGAACCGGAGGCCCAAAUCAAAAUCAAAACCAAAAUAAAACAAAUUACGGUGCAGGCCGUGGAUCGAUGCUGAAUCCUUCUUAUGGUGCUCAAAACAAUUCCUACCUUCAACAGGGUAACUAUCAACAAAAUAACACACAGAAGCCACCCGGGAACUCGAUGAACCAGGCAUUUAAAGGGACUGCUCAGCAACAACAUCCACGACAGCAGCAACAACAGCAGCAGCAGCAACAACAACAGCAGCAGCAGCAACAACAACACCAGCAGUCGCAGCAGCAAAUCCUACAGCAGCAGCAGCAGAAUAUUAUUCAAGCACAAAGUCAAGCUAAUCAGCAACAAGCUCAGCCACAACGUUUGAAGCCUAUUCUUAAACAAACUCCUGCAGCUCCUCCGGCUCAAGCUCCGCAAACUCCAGCAGUUCAACAACAACCUGCUGCAACUGUGCCGGCAGUUGAAGCCAAUGACACCAAGGAUGAAACAAUGUCUCAAGUAUCUGCUGACCAGCCUAAAUGGAAGCGUAUUAAAGUUCCUGGUGGUAAGUUGGUUAAAGUAAACAGGAAGCUUAAGCGCUUACGUAUGAAUCAGCGUUUAAGAAAGACUUUAAUGCCCAAGAAUGCAAUAAUGGUUUUGAAUGAAAUGAAAGCUGGUGUUAAAUUUCAUCUUGUAGAAAAUCAAGCCGUCCCCAACGCAAUGUUCCUUGUUCAUGCUGAGCUUGAAGGCAAAACUUAUAUCGGACAAGGUCUCUCCAAGCCAUUGGCUCGUCAAAAUGCUGCUGAAAAUGCUCUUAAGAGUUUACUUCUUGAAAAAAUGAAUGCAGCAGCUAAAAAAAUUAAAUUUGAAGACGUUAUCGAUGGAAGCCAGCCUCCUAGUCAAGGAACUCAAGACAGCACUCAAAUUGCUGAUGAUGUUUCUGAAACUGGUACGAUUCCGAUGGAAGUAAGCGGAAAUGAAGAAUCUGAUGACAUACCAUGGAGUUCAUUGGCAAGUUUCGCUUUGUACAAACUGUUUGUUGAAUGGCAAAAUCAAGGCUCUGUGGUACCAAUUCCCAGACCCGGGUUACAACAACCGGUUAAAGCUAAAUCCGAACCGAAACCACCGACAGAGAAAAAACUUCCGGCUAAUGCUGAAACAAUUCAUCCGGUGAUGCUGCUCAAUCAAAUGAAACCAGGAAUUGUUUAUACUGAAGUUAGUCGUCGCGGCAAUCCUCCUAAUACAUAUUUCACUUUGGCCGUUGAAAUUGAUGGAAAACCUUUUACUGGUGAAGCUAAAAAUAAAAAAGACGCUAAGAAAGCUGCAGCAAAGGCGGCACUGAAAGGACUCUUUGGACUAGAGUAUCCUGCGGAAGCUGAUGAAUCAAACCAGAUGCAAGUUCAAGAAAUUACUCAAUAAGUUGAUAUAAUCCAUAUCAAUUCAUAAACAUUAUAAUAAAAAAAAUAUUUAUUACGUCAAGUAGGAGACGUAUUCUUAUUGACUCACUAUCAUGUUUUUUUGCUGACUAUAUAAAAUUUUGACUAUUCUUUUUAUAGAUUAAGAACUCAUGUAUGUCUUAUGUUCGUUUGCAUUAUAUAAAUUACUGUAGUUUAUUGUUUUUUUUUUCAACAUUAAGUAUUAUAAAAAUUAUGUUUAUUACUUGGACCUUAUACAAUAUUCAGUUGGUAUUGAAAUA